UCGCGAUCCGGUUUAGGGGUUUAUUUGCAAAUAUAUGGAUCGGUAUUUUCAAAUACACCCCUGAUUCGGAUCGAGAUUAGUAAUCGCGAUCCGAUUUAGGGGUGUAUUUGCAAAUAUCCGGAUCGUGAUUAUCAAAUACACCCCCUGAUUCGGAUUGCAGCUGGGGGGUUUCUGCAAAUUUUAAGGGCCGGCGACAUGGCUGCCGGCGUUGGUCAGGUGCUACUGCUCCGCCCGCCACCGCUGCCUCCAUGCGUCCAGCGCUCGCCCUCCACCAUCCAGGCGCUCGGAGGCUGCCUCCGCCUCUCCUACGAGGACGUAUGGCUCCGCGCCGCCGACGGCGUGCGCCUCCACUCCUGUUCAUCCGCCACUCCCCCUCCUGCCGAGCGAGGCAACAACGAAACCCCCGAAGAACCAGAAGGUAUCACUACCACCACCACCGUCCGAAUGCCGCUCACGAUUCCUGUCUUUUACCUCGCGGCCUCCUCCGCGCGCGUCGCUUCCUCCUCAGCUGGUCCGCAGGCGCAGCGGCGUGCACGCGACCGAGUCAGACUAAGAUGACGACGACGCGUCACCUGGACCUCCUCCUCGUCGCGCUCCUCUACGGCUGCGCCUUCACGGGCGCGCUCCUCGCCGCCGCCUCUCUGGCGCUGCUGGCCUUCCUCGCGGGCGCGCUGCUCGCGGCGCUCGCGCUCGCGGCCUCCGACGCGCGCAGGCUCGCGGGGCCGGCCGCGCGCGUGGCAGGCGCGGCCGCGGCCGACCUGAGGCUGGCGCGCGCGGUCGCCGCGUACGCCGUGGUCAAGGCCGCGGUGCGCGUUGUGCUAGUGGUCCGGCCCAAGGUUGCCAGGCUCGCGUCGCGCGUCAGGAGGCUCGGGGUGGAUGAACCGGGCGUCCGGCCUGCACUACGGCGUCGCUUCGGCUUUGUUCUCUGAGGAGGGUGUUUCACUGCUGUGUAGUAGCAUGACAAAUUCCAGUUGCUACGAUUCAAAAUAUAAUAGAAAUCUAAAUAAAUAUCUUGCUGGU